CAGAUGGGGAACCACUUGACGGAUUCGACAAAAGGAGGCCGGCAGGCAGACGUCCGCCACUGACUGGCGUUUUCGCUCUCACCUGCAUGCAACUGUGCCGCUACCCCCGCUGCCGGAGCUACGGCAAGCUCGACGGGCUCUGCCUCGUCCACGCCAAGGCCGCUGCGGCGGCCGCCACGACGUCGUCGUCGUCGGCGUCCUCGCCACUGGGCCUCCCUCCGACGCCUCUACGACUGGCCUUCACGCCGCCGCCACCGCCAUCCGGCACUUCGACGUCUACACAUCUACCGACCGCGAAUGCCAUGUUCAUCCAAAAUCAAACCCUGUCGAACGACGACGGAGACGACUCCCCGCUCGUGAUGGUGUCCUGUGUACCGCCCGUGCUUGCCAACGGCCGAUCGCAAUGCUUUGCGCCGUCUUGUCCCGCACCGACGCACGGGACCACGCCAUUCUGCAUCCAACAUCAAACCUGCGUCCUUCUCGUUGACACUCAACCAAGACACCCGUACCCGACAUACUUGCACCGUAAACGAAAGCGCUCGUUGUCGAUCGAGAAUGGCUCCAGCACGGGUCUGCCUCAACCGCUCGGAGGAGUACACUACCCGUCACGACGUAGCGAGAUAUCCAAGGCAGACCCACCGGCAACGUCCCGCAGAAGACAGCACUCGUCGCCCGUUCCCACGCCGUCGACGGCCUCGCUCAGUACGGAACACGAGCAUGCGCAGAUCCUGGCUAAUCUCGGCCGCUGCGUGUAAAGUAGCACCUUGUGUGGACGCACCUUCACCGAAGUCCUUUCAACAUGUGCAAUGAUGUGUGAUGCUCGCCCCUCACUGCGCCAACGUCGCGACGUAUCUCUCGGGACGGCGGAGGUCCACACGCCAUCCAUUCCCAUCCCAUCAACCUGCUGAACUCUUCGCGCCGCCCAUCACUUUCACCAAAAUUGUGCUGGAAGCAUGCAACUGCGAAGUUAGGCGUAAUGUGCCAGAGAUCAACCAAGUAAAGGUUUUGCCAAUGCGAUCCAACCUCUCGAGCCACGACUGUGUGCAUUGCUCUUUCAUCAAUUAGCAACCGACUUCGCU